AAACGCCGAACUCCGUAAUCUGUUACUUGCGUUCCAUAUCUGGGCAUUAUUUUUCCUCCCUGCAACUUGCGUCUAAGAAACUGUUGAAUAACGCGGAGUGUACGCUCCGUGCAACACGAUACCUGUAAGUUCAAUCGCAGUCUUGCAUCACGCUCAAGAAGUAGGGUAGGCAGCAGCUCCUGGAGCAUAUAAGGGACAUUUCAACUUACCAUUCUCGCAUAUUGCGAGCCCUAUGUUGUACCACCAAGAUGCUACCGCCUUUCACACAGCGCUUCGAUGAUCAAGUAGAGCAGGAUCUUGCCCGCUGGCAUGUUCGUGGUGCUUCAUUUGCAGUUGUGAACGGCGACGAGGUCCACACGAAGGGGUAUGGUUUCGCACGACUUGAUCCUCAAAAAGUGGUGGGCCCAGAUACUCUCUUCUAUGCAGUGAGCACGACGAAAGCGCAUCUUUGCGCAGCCUGGGCCUUCUACAUCAAUCAGAUGCAAACUAGCAGAAGCUCAAAGCCCGAAUUUCUUGGGACACGCCACUCUCGUAUAUCAUCCCGGGUAACGCUCGAGGACGCUGUCUCUCCUCGAACCGGUGUUUCGCCGCAGGACACAUCAUACGGCUAUAAUGGCACGAGCACCACUUGGGGAGUCACCCGCAAGCGACGUCAUUCGCCACUUCACACUCCACUUCGUUCUCAUUUCGGGUACAGCAAUACGCCCUUCAUUUUAGCUUCCUGCGCUCUCGAAGCCGUCGUCGCUGUCGAGCCGUUGGCACAGUGCCUCGGUGAGGUGUUGUGGGAUCCAUUAGGCAUGACCCAGACCUACGGUGGCUACUAUGAGGCCGCGAAAGCGCUCAGCGACCGAGGCCAAGCGCUAGCGAAAAGCUAUACAUGGUCGCAGCUGUUACUGGACGGAUCAGCUGAGACCAGCCAUCUGGUCGAGGAGCCGCAUCAAGAAAAUGAAGAGGUAGCCGGUGCGGGAUAUAUUAUUAGUACAGUGCUGGCUCGAUCCUUCUACUACUGGACCUCUUACACAACGGUAGUGGAUGAAGUCUGGAGACCACGCUCUAUAGCACCAGCGGGCGGAGAUGACUACUUACCGUUCGAUCUGUAUGGCUGUACGGAUUUGGCUGGUACGUGUCCACCUACCUGGGACGACACCAAGGUGUACUGGCACACAGGUGGCGUAACAGACGCUGGCAGCUACAUUCUACUAUGUCCUACAAUCAGGUUUGGUGUAGCGUACUUUGCGAAUGGUCAAGACACCAGCUCUAAGAUCAGAGGUCUUGCUAUGGAGCUGCUUGACAUUGCGCUGUGCAUCCAACAAACCCUUGCUGAGCAAUACUACACGGCCUUGGAGAGGCUGUAUCCAGGUGCUCCUGGAAAGCCAACCGUACCGCUGGCGCUACCUGUUGCCGCAUAUGCUGGCGCCUACCACAAUGUUGGCUACGGUACACUGAUGAUCACAGCCACAAAGCAUAAUGACGAGGGAGGCGCAUUAGAAGCAAAACUUUCAGAGCGUUCGUGGAAGGUUGCUAUGUGUCUAACACGCGUCAACGGCGAACACUGGCUGGGUACACGGCCUUACAUGAACAGCCCGCGAAAGAUAGCGAUUAAAGCGAGAAGUGAAAUUGGAGCUGACGGGAAAAUCGAGAGCUUCCACAUGGUAAUGGAGCCUGGGUAA